CUAAACAGAGGGGGGUUUUGUGUGUGGAGGGGUUUCUGGCUUCUGGAGAGAGAAGAGAGGGAACACACUCCCUUUUUUAGCCAGACCCUCUGCCUCUCUGUCUGCCCGCCCAUGACAUCACAGCAUGAAGAGAGGCACGGCCAGGGGAGGAAUGUGACGGGGAGAGAAGUUGAGAAAGGAGAGAAAAAGGUUCUGGGAGAGAGGAAACGGAUAGACAGGAAAUCCUCCAAGGCAUCAGAGGAUGCCAGUGAUGAUCUGAAGAGAGACAGAACGGAGAGAAAGAGCGUAAGUUUUCUUGACUCUGUCAGUGUGAUCUCAGCGGGCGGAGGAGACAGCAGUACUUCCACCAGACCUAUGGAGGUGGAGGCCCACCCUGAGACCUGCUACCCCAGCCAAGGGCUCAACAGCCUGGGCAAGAAACACCAGACUCAGCCCCUGGACACAGAGGUGGCCCAGGAGAUAGCAUACCUGGAUGAGGUGUUGGAGGCUAACUGCUGCGACCCAGAGGUUGACACCAUGCCAUUGCCCUCUAACGGGACAGAGAAACCUGAGAGAGACCCCAGGGAUGUCGGUAUUGACGGAACUGGGCCGUCCGUCCACAUCUCCAACACAGACACACAAUCCCCACAGACCAACCAUGAGGUCACAGUAGAGGGCAGGAAGCAAACCACCUUCAUAGACCACCAGGAAGUCAAUAACACCAGUAACUCCAAACCCGAUGGCCACUCUGGACCAAUGGGAGAGCAUGAGAACUACAGGAACCAGGGAGGAGAGACAACAUCCCCCACUGUGAUGACCAUCAAGAAGGAGGCACGUUUCGAGCUGCGGGCAUUCCAGGAGGAGAAGAAGCCUUCCAAGCUGUUCGACCCGUGUGAGAAGGAGGUGCGUGUGAAGAAGGUGCGUCCGUCGGAGGAGGUGGCAGAGCUGGAGAGGGAGCGGCUGGAGCUGAUCCGAGGCCAGGCCGUGAAGAAGAACCCUGGCAUGGGCACAAAAUGGUGGAACCCUCCUCAGGAGAAAAGCCUGGAGGAGGAGCUGGAGCCAGACAAACUUGAGUCACACAGGAAGUACGAGGAGAGGAAGCAGCAGCGGAGGUCAGAGUACAACUGGGGGUCGUCCCAGACGUACGCCCAGUACUCCAUGACCUUUGAGCCCGGCUUUGACCCUGAGUCCAACCGGGACCCGGUAGAGGUUCUUCAGAGCACCAAGGAGGACAUCCUGGUGGAGCAGAUAGACUUCUCCGUCGCCAGGAAGCAGUUCCUCCAGAUAGAAUACGCCAGGCAGCAGCAGGCCGAGAGGUCACAGGUCACAGCCCCGAAGAGAGGCGUGGCACCUCAGCUCUACUCGGCCAAGCCCUUCUCCAGAGCGCCAGACAGCGUCACCCAUGUGGAUAGAUCCUCCAGCUCCGCCACAGUAGGCUACAGUAGUUGCCUGGGCUUUCCACUAGAGGCCAACAACGUCACCACACCCACAACUACAGUCAGGACAGAGGGGAUCUACUGCAUCCAGGGAGAGGCCCAGUCCCCCACUACUACCUUGGGACAGGAAGAACCCAGGAACAGUGGCCCCAAGGAGGCCACGAUGAACAACAGAGAAGGCGAUGGAGACUUCACCAGCGCCCGGGCCGUCAUGACCAUCCUGAAAGAUGAGGGAGACUCUGAGCCGUUUUCCUCAUCCCUGCAGCAUCGUUCCUCCUCCCAAUCCUUCCACUCCCCCAGCGCCUCCCUGUCCUGCCACCCAGAGGAGUGUGACUCUGGACUGGACGAGCUCUCCCUGCGUUCCCAGGAUACUACUGUUCUGGAGACCCUGUCCAACGACUUCAGCAUGGACAACAUCUCCGACAGCGAUGUGUCAAAUGAGACCAUGUCGGCCUAUCUGGGGGAGACGUCUCUGGGGGAGUACUCUUUCCCCUCCACCCCCCAGGCCACCACGCCCGUCAAUGGCAAGAUGGAGGAAGACACCCUCAGAUCCCUCGGGGAGCGGCGCCUGCGUCGGGAUCCGGAGGAGGAGGAGCUGGAGUACCAUGCAGAGCUCCUGGUGCAGAGUGCCAUCCAGCAUGCCCUUAUGAACCAGUCUCAACAGGGAGAAGAGUGGCAGGGGGUCCCCCGGGCCACCCCACAGUCCUUCCCCUACCCCCUCCCAGAGAGGCACCUAGACUUAGAUGUCCUGCCACCAUCUUCUGGGAUGCUCUCACCUCUACCCCCAGAGCACCAGUCACCCACACUCCUAGACCACCCUCCAGCAUUCCUGGCCCUCCACUCACCUCCAUCCCCCCAGCUCCACUCACCUCCAUCCCCCCAGCUCCACUCACCCCCCAGCUCACUGCAGCAGUGGCCAACACCCCUUCAGUCCGUCCAGUCACCCCCACCCCAGUACCAAUCAAGUCCAUCACAAACCCCCAGCAACAGUCACCACAAGCUCAGUUCCAGUUAACUCCAACCCAACAUCAGUCUCCUCUCCCACAGCAGCAGUCCCCCCCAGCCCAGAUUGAGAAACCCACCUACACCCCCCCUCCCCGGAAGUCCUCUUCCGGAGGUCCUAAAAUCCUCGUCCAGUCCGCCCUCAGUCGCUCACUGGCCCUGAAU